AGACCACAACAUUGCCUGAAGAUGGCGAACUCCACGGCUUCCUAUGACCAGCUGGUCUACCAGGUGGAAGCUCUCCGCCAGGAGAAUUCCCAUCUGCGGAGAGAGCUGGAGGACAACUCCAACCACCUGUCCAAGCUGGAGAACGAGACCACCGACAUGAAGGUGAGAGAGGUUAGAGGGACGACCCCAGGGCUAAGAGAGAAAUAAGAAUAGGAGGAUAAGAUUAGAGUGUUGAUUUGAUGAUUGGUUAGAAAGGUGGAAUUUCAACCAUUUCCAUAUUUCCUUGACCUCUUUGUUUGUUAUGUUUGUUAUUUCUCUGCAUCUGGACUAAAGAUUAAAAAAUAUAUACAGUGAGGGAAAAAGGUUUUUGAUCCCCUGCUGAUUUUGUACGUUUGCCCACUGACAAAGAAAUGAUCAGUCUAUAAUUUUAAUGGUAGGUUUAUUUGAACAGUGAGAGACAGAAUAACAACAAAAAAAUCCAGAAAAACGCAUGUCAAAAAUGUUAUAAAUUGAUUUGCAUUUUAAUGAGGGAAAUAAGUAUUUGACCCCCUCUCAAUCAGAAAGAUUUCUGGCUCCCAGGUGUCUUUUAUACAGGUAAUGAGCUGAGAUUAGGAACACACUCUUAAAGGGAGUGCUCCUAAUCUCAGCUUGUUACCUGUAUAAAAGACACCUGUCCACAGAAGCAAUCAAUCAAUCAGAUUCCAAACUCUCCACCAUGGCCAAGACCAAAGAGCUCUCCAAGGAUGUCAGGGACAAGAUUGUAGACCUACACAAGGCUGGAAUGGGCUACAAGACCAUCGCCAAGCAGCUUGGUGAGAAGGUGACAACAGUUGGUGCGAUCAUUCGCAAAUGGAAGAAACACAAAAGAACUGUCAAUCUCCCUCGGCCUGGGGCUCCAUGCAAGAUCUCACCUCGUGGAGUUGCAAUGAUCAUGAGAACGGUGAGGAAUCAGCCCAGAACUACACGGGAGGAUCUUGUCAAUGAUCUCAAGGCAGCUGGGACCAUAGUCACCAAGAAAACAAAUUGGUAACACACUACGCCGUGAAGGACUGAAAUCCUGCAACGCCCGCAAGGUCCCCCUGCUCAAGAAAGCACAUAUACAGGGCUGUCUGAAGUUUGCCAAUGAACAUCUGAAUGACUCAGAGGAGAACUGGGUGAAAGUGUUGUGGUCAGAUGAGACCAAAAUCGAGCUCUUUGGCAUCAACUCAACUCGCCGUGUUUGGAGGAGGAAGAAUGCUGCCUAUGACCCCAAGAACACCAUCCCCACCGUCAAACAUGGAGGUGGAAACAUUAUGCUUUGGGGUGUUUUUCUGCUAAGGGAACAGGACAACUUCACUGCAUCAAAGGGACGAUGGACGGGGCCUUGUACCGUCAAAUCUUGGGUGAGAACCUCCUUCCCUCAGCCAGGGCAUUGAAAAUGGGUCGUGGAUGGGUAUUCCAGCAUGACAAUGACCCAAAACACACAGCCAAGGCAACAAAGGAGUGGCUCAAGAAGAAGCACAUUAAGGUCCUGGAGUGGCCUAGCCAGUCUCCAGACCUUAAUCCCAUAGAAAAUCUGUGGAGGGAGCUGAAGGUUCGAGUUGCCAAACGUCAGCCUAGAAACCUUAAUGACUUGGAGAAGAUCUGCAAAAAGGAGUGGUACAAAAUCCCUCCUGAGAUGUGUGCAAAUCUGGUGGCCAACUACAAGAAACGUCUGACAUCUGUGAUUGCCAACAAGGGUUUUGCCACCAAGUACUAAGUCAUGUUUUGCAGAGGGGUCAAAUACUUAUUUCCCUCAUUAAAAUGCAAAUCCAUUUAUAACAUUUUUGACAUGCGUUUUUCUGGAUUUUUUUGUUGUUAUUCUGUCUCUCACUGUUCAAAUAAACCUACCAUUAAAAUGAUAGACUGAUCAUGUCUUUGUCAGUGGGCAAACGUACAAAAUCAGCAGGGGAUCAAAUACUUUUUUCCCUCACUGUAUAUGAGGCACUCUCAUCGACGGGGCUGUAGUGGAACAGGUUGAGAGCUUCAAGUUCCUUGGUGUCCACAUCACCAACGUGAUGGUCCAAACACACCAAGACAGUCGUGAAGAGGGCACAACAAAGCCUAUUCCCCCUCAGGAGAAUGAAAAGAUUUGGCAUGGGUCCUCAGAUCCUAAAAAAAUUAUACAGCUGCACCAUCGAGAGCAUCCUGACUGGUUGCAUCACCGCCUGGUAUGGCAACUGCUUGGCCUCCGACCGCAAGGCACUACAGAGGGUAGUGCGUACGGCCCAGUACAUCACUGGGGCCAAGCUUCCUGCCAUCCAGGACCUCUAUAUCAGGCGGUGUCAGAGGAAGGCCCUCAAAAUUGUCAAAGACUCCAGCCACCCUAGUCAUAGACUGUUCUCUCUGCUACCGCACGGCAAGCGGUACCGGAGUGCCAAGUCUAGGUCCAAAAGACUUCUCAACAGCUUCUACCCCCAAGCCAUAAGACUCCUGAACAGCUAAUCAUGGCUACCCGGACUAUUUCCACUGCCCCCCCACCCCAUCCUUUUACGCUGCGGCUACUCUGUUAAUUAUUUAUGCAUAGUCACUUUAACUCUACCCACAUGUACAUAUUACUUCAACUACCUCAACUAGCCGGUGCCCCCGCACAUUGACUCUGCACCGGUACCCCCCUGUAUAUAUAGCCUCCCUACUGUUAUUAUAUUUUACUUCUGCUCUUUUUUUUCUCAACACUUUUUUUGUUGUUGUUUUAUUUUUACUUUUUUUGUUAAAAAUAAAUGUACUGUUGGUUAAGGGCUGUAAGUAAGCAUUUCACUGUAAUGUCUGCACCUGUUGUAUUCGGCGCAUGUGGCCAAUACAAUUUGAUUUGAUUUGAUUUGAUUUGAUUUGAUAUAUGAAAGACACAGAUGACAAUGUGUUGCUUUGAUGAUAGCUCAUAAAGAUGGCAGCAAUUGUCCUUUGUUUUUUAAAAGGACAAUGUUUUCAUUUUGGAUUUUCUCUAUGCCUACAUCUGGGACUUUUCCCUCCAUUUUGUCAAGCCGUGGCUAAUAAUAUGAUUUAAAUACAGAUAGGACAUUUUCCCAUUCAAAAUCCACUCAGUUCUGCCUCAGAUGUAUAGAGUUCAGCCCCAAUUCUGAAGGAUGCUGUAGACUUCAUGUAACUCCUUCGCAAGUGACCCGGUUUCUCUCCUGAGUGACUGAGUGACUGGGAUCCAUCCAGUUGUCCUCGUUACAGUAAUGAUGCCAGCAGGGAUUGAGACAAGCUGCCGAGGAAGAAGGAAACCAUUAGACCAUAUAGCCCGCUAAGACAUUUUCUCAUUAUCGAUUAUUUUGAAAUCCCGGCUUGUCUGACAGGAUCUUUCUUCUUUGAUAUAGUCAUUUUUUCUCUGUGGCUAAGCCUCUGCCUGGAUUCCAGGAAAUAAUCUGCUUCAAAUUUCUGUACACUCCUCCCUGUCACACCAUGUGCAAUUAGGCUUUACUGUUAGGUAUCUGUCUGUUUAUCAACGAAACACUUGGUUUUUAUAGACAUGCAUCAUAAUAGGAUAUCUGUGUCAGGGUCUGUGGUGAUAUUGUAGCCUAGGUCACAGUUUUGUGCCAGGCUAGCAUUAAACUUUGCCAGAAUCACAGCCUGUGGGGAGUUUGGAUUACUGGCAGAAUUAAGGACCAUUCCAAGAGGGGUGGAAUCAGGGUUUCCAAUGUGCUUUAGAGUGGCUUUAGCCUAAAUGCUGUGUACUGUGGACUACCACUGAACUACUGGGUACCUGAUUCUGAGAGGCAUGAGCAGAAAGGGCAAAACACAUAUCAUAAUCUGGUUAUUAAAAACGUCCAACUCGUCCUUCGUUCAUAACUAAUUAUUUCAAUCCGAAUUGACGAAAUGAACAACAAAACAUACCAAAACGAAACAAUUUCUCUAUUCCAGCCAGCAACAUCAAUCAUAUAAUAGUCUGGAUAGGUCGCCAUCUUUAAGAUGUAAUUGUAGGUGCUAACCCCAGUGCAUGCUGGUCCGCCCUAUCACUCCUCUGGCACACAGCUGGAUUAUCCCCAGCUAAAGCCUUUAUAUUCCUGAGGGCAGCUUGAGCUAUCAGCAGACAACCAGGACGCUCUGUAAGGAGCUCACAAAGCCAGACACUGGUGGCAAAUAGACCUAACCUUCCAAACCCAAAACAACCCCUUGGAGAACAUUGAUUUGAGGCUAGGAUUUUACAUUGAUUUGGCUGUGAUUUCCCUCUAGGAGGUCAUCGUAAUCCCAACAGGUUGUGACUCAUUUUUGGUUUCACUGUGGCCACAACAACAAUUUCAUUUGACUGGGUUUCUGGUUGGACACAGAUAGUGAAUUGCUUUCUCCUCUCUAGGGGGUUCUGAAGGGGCUGCAAAGCAAACUGGAGCUGGAGGCUGGCACUUUGGCCUCCUCUGGGAGGACUGAUGUGCUGGACCAGCUCAAAGGUAUGUGUGCUGUAACCCUGUGCUUUUCUGUCUAUUUUCUCACCUUUUAAUGUUUGUUUAGACUGAUAUUGUACACAACUCAUUAAUUAAUUCAAUAUCAGCUAUUUCAAUGGUUCAUUUUUAGAAAAUAAAAUCAUAUUUACUUUUUCCAAUAUUAAUGACAUUUCUCUCUCAGAGUUGCACAUGGACUUGACCAACUACUAUGAGCUGAAGUACCAGCCGCAAAACCUGCGCGUCCUCCCAGAGAGUCUAGCCAGUCUGGCAGCUCAGUCGGGUGACAUGGGCGAUCGUCUGGCCUGCUUGCCUCCAUCCUCCUCCAGAGCCAGGAGCCCCCUGCGGCCUUCAUCCCGCCAGAGCACCUCUCUGUCUGGGGAGGGCACGGCUGUGCACCCUGGAGCCCUGGCAAAAGCCAUGCUGGGAGACGGACGCGUCACGGCCCAGCAUCUGGAAGAUCUAUACAAAGAGAGGUUAGCGCUUUGCCAUCGUUCAAUCAGAUGUACAGUUGAAGUCGGAAGUUUACAUACACUUAGGUUGGAGUCAUUAAAACUCGUUUUUCAACCACUCCACACAUUUCUUGUUAACAAACUAUAGUUUUGGCAAGUCGGUUAGGACAUCUACUUUGUGCAUGACAAAAGUAAUUUUUCCAUCAAUUGUUUACAGACAGAUUAUUUCACUUAUAAUUCACUGUAUCACAAUUCCAGUGGGUCAGAAGUUUACAUACACUAAGUUGACUGUGCCUUUAAACAGCUUGGAAAAUUCCAGAAAAUGAUGUCAUGGCUUUAGAAGCUUCUGAUAGGCUAAUUGACAUAAUUUGAGUCAAUUGGAGGUGUACCUGUGGAUGUAUUUCAAGGCCUACCUUCAAACUCAGUGCCUCUUUGCUUGACAUCAUGGGAAAAUCAAAAGAAAUCAGCCAAGACCUCAGAAAAAGUAUUGUAGACCUCCACAAGUCUGGUUCAUCCUUGGGAGCAAUUUCCAAACGCCUGAAGGUACCACGUUCAUCUGUACAAACAAUAGUACGCAAGUAUAAACACCAUGGGACCACGCAGCUGUCAUACCGCUCAGGAAGGAGAUGCGUUCUGUCUACUAGAGAUGAAGGUACUCUGGUGCGAAAAGUGCAAAUCAAUUCCAGAACAACAGCAAAGGACCUUGUGAAGAUGCUGGAGGAAACAUGUACAAAAGUAUCUAUAUCCACAGUAAAAAGAGUCCUAUAUCGACAUAACCUGAAAGUCCGCUCAGCAAGGAACAAGCCACUGCUCCAAAACCACCAUAAAAAAGCCAGACUACGGUUUGCUAACUGCACAUGGGGACAAAGAUCGUACUUUUUGGAGAAAUGUCCUCUGGUCUGAUGAAAAAAAUAUAUAACUGUUUGGCCAUAAUGACCAUCGUUAUGUUUGGAGGAAAAAGGGGGAUGCUUGCAAGCCGAAGAACACCAUCCCAACCGUGAAGCACAGGGGUGGCAGCAUCAUGCUGUGGGGCUGCUUUGCUGCAGGAGGGACUGGUGCACUUCACAAAAUAGAUGGCAUCAUGAGGAAGGAAAAUUAGGUGGAUAUAUUGAAGCAACAUCUUAAGCCAUCAGUCAGGAAGUUAAAGCUUGGUCGCAAAUGGGUCUUCCAAAUGAACAAUGACCCCAAGCAUACUUCCAAAGUUGUGGCAAAAUGGCUUAAUGACAACAAAGUCAAGGUAUUGGAGUGGCCAUCACAAAGCCUGACCUCAAUCCUAUAGAAAAUGUGUGGGCAGAACUGAAAAAGCAUGUGUGAGCAAGGAGGCCUACAAACCUGACUCAGUUACACCAGCUCUGUCAGGAGGAAUGGGCCAAAAUUCACCCAACUUAUUGUGGGAAGCUUGUGGAAGGCUACCCAAAACAUUUGACCCAAGUUAAACAAUUUAAAGACAAUGCUACGAAAUACUAAUUGAGUGUAUGUAAACCUCUCACCCACUGGGAAUGCGAUGAAUGAAAUAAAAGCUGAAAUAAAUCAUUCUCUCUACUAUUAUUCUGACAUUUCACAUUCUUAAAAUAAAGUGGUGAUCCUAACUGACCUAAAACAGGGACUUUUUACUAGGAUUAAAUGUCAGGAAUUGUGAAAAACUGAGUUUAAAUGUAUUUGGCUAAGGUGUAUGUAAAGUUCCGACUUCAACUGUAUGUAUUACUAGUAAUACUAAAUCAAACAUCUUUAAAAUACUACCUUAAAAAUAAUAAUUCACUAUAAAUCACUAGACCCUUAAAAAAAAAGGUGAGGUACUAUGAAUCCCCAGUGAUGUUGUGGUGGAUGGUAGUCAAUGUGUUAAAUGUAGGUGUGUGUGUUCUAGGACGAUGCUUCUAAGUGAGAUAGACAAGGAGGAGCGGGAGCGUCGCUGGUACUACAGCCAGCUCCAGGGACUCUCUCAGCGGCUGAACCAACUGCCACGCAUCGACACGGUGAGAGCACUUUAACGCCACUGAGUCUCCAGAACAUUCUCUCCUGCACAGUGCUCAGACACAGUGGACUAUAACAGACAGCAGUACAGUACACAGUAUACGUGUACUCAGCACUCAGUUGCAGGAAAUGUAGGCACUUUUUUUGGAAACUGUCGCCCCCUCUUAUUUCAUUGUGUGCUUGUUGGAAAAUGCCUCUUUGGAAACAGUUUAGAGUAUGAGUAGAGUAGAGUAUUACUUUAUUAUUUAAUGGACAGACAAAAUGUCUUAUUGCUUUCUUGUAUGUUCAUUGUCAUGAAAUCAACUCAAUAUUGUUUUAACAGGGGCACAGGCAAGAGUUAAACCACAGAUAGAACAAUGAGCCAGAUAUUUCACCGGAUGUAUAAAUGUGAAGCAUCCGCUUCAUGUUUCCACUCACUACCAAAUAUGGUGAUGAGAGGAAGCCCAGUGGCCGGCAGUGUGAGAAAAUGGAGCGAGAUGGAUUUUGCAAAUAAAUGCUAGAUUACACCAAUAGGAUCUCUCUAGCUUGUGCUUGGUUCUGUCCACCUCCUUGCUUGUUCUGCCCACUAUGAUUAAUUUGCUCCCAUUGGAAACGACAGGCUCUGGUCUAUCUUGGGUUAGUUAUAAAAAAUAUUUGGUUAAGCUUUUCGGCAGAGAAGCUAGCAUCCAUUUUGUUUCAGAAUGCCCCAAAAUGGAGGCUUUUGUUGUGUGGAAACUAAGCUAUUUUUCCUUAUCUUAACAGUUCUCCAUACAGAUUGACCUCAUUCGUCAGCAGCUGGAGUUCGAGGCACAGCAGUUGCGUUCUGUCAUGGAGGAACGAUUCGGAACCAGCGAUGAAAUGGUCCAGAGGACACAGGUAAGGAGAGGGACUCUGCCACGUCUGUCUCUGUCAUGGCAACACACACAGUAACAUUUGGCAACUAUUGUCAAAACGUUCAGUUACAUUAUUGCGUGUGGAACUUCUUUCUGAAACAUGUUUUGAAUGCAACACACACAUUUUACAUGAAAAAACACAGAAAUUAAAACUGUGCUGUCAGAAGGUGUUGUACAAUGUUUGUCGCGACACAAAAUGGCUGUGGCGACUAAAGACUCUCUCUGUCUCCCCUCACAGAUCCGUGUGGCUCGUCUGGAACAGCUGGAGAAAGAACUACAGGAGGCCCAGGAGUCCAGAGGCACCCAGGAGAAGAGCCUGUGUGAGGUGAGAUAACACACUCACACAUACACGCACACACACACACACACACACACACACACACACACACACACACACACACACACUUGAAACUCAAGUAAAACAUGGGGGCCUUGUAUUGAAUGUCCAACAGAGGCAGAACAGAGGAAUUAGUUGGAAAGUGGAAACAUAAGACUUCAAUCACAGAGACUGUUGUGAACAAUGAAUAAGCACAGUGAGUACGGUUACAUGCACACAAUAAUAUGAUUAUUGUGAAUAGUCCGAUUAAUAUAAUAGUUCAAAUUAAACAUUUACAUGCUUUGCAAGAAGAACGAUUUCCCUAAUAAUCCUGUUUACAUGGACACAUCUGAAAUCAGGCUACGUGAUGGGACUUUGAUAAAUGCAGAAAAUCGGCAAUCAAAAUAAACGUUAUACCACAGCAACCCUGUUAUUUUUGUGAAGCCUAUUUGAUUCUGAGUUCGGACAUAUCAAGUUUUUAUUUGAAAACUAUUUCUAGAUGCAUACUUUUUCCUGAACUCACUUCACUCGCGCAAAAGAAGGAAGCUCGCGCUGCUCGUGCUGGCACAUGCGCAGAUCAAACACACAGCUGUAACUAUGAUUAGGUGUUAACUUGUCCUUAUAAUUUGAAAGAUUGCUCAGAAAGCCAGGUGUUUUAAUCGCUGUAUGCUUACUUCGAUUAUGACCUUACGCUGAUUAAGAUAAGCAGAGUAAGGUUUUUACAUGACUAAUGCCAUACUCAGCCUACUGCUAUAAUCAGUUUAAUAGAAAAUUAUUAGUGUGCAUGUCAACAUACUGUACUCAGAGAUUGAGACAAGCAAGUGACAGUGACAGAUAAUCCUGUGUUCUGUUUUCACACAAUAAUUUUUUACUUUUUUACAAUAAUUCUAAAACAUGAAAGAUGACAAGGAUUAUUUUCACUCUGAGGUGAUUUAUUUAUUUCCCAUUGUCUGCCGCCUCAGCAGCUUUUGGUCAAUUUAGAUCAUAUUGUCAGUUUUCCUUGUCCUUUGGCUGGUUGAAUAUUUCCCUCACUACUUCCUCUCCUGCGUCUUGUCAGCACUGCGCUGAAUGUUUUAUAGGUGCUUUGAAAUAUUGAGGCUAUGCGAUCACUAGGUGGGGUGUACACAAACAGAUGCAGUGGUACAACUCUGCCUGCAACACUGACACAUGCUGAACAUGUGUGACAGAAUGUUUGAUGUGCCUUCUAAUGCAUAUUUACUGAUUACACAGGCACACCACCAUAUUGGAUUUACAAUAAAUAUUAAAUGCCUGGAAAACCACAAGCUACUCCAGGUAAUUUAAUAUUGAUGAGAAACACAGACGAGAAUGUUGUUUUCAUUUGAAAAUGAACACUCAGUAACUGUGAAUUUAACACCAGGUUUGGAAAUGUUAAAAUUAGUCCUGCUUUAUAUAGUCAUAAGAUAUUCGUAAUUUUACUUGAGGGGGUUCCACUUAGAGUUCAUUAAUUAUGAACUACACUGAACAGAAAUAUAAAUGCAACAUGAAACAAUUUGAAAUAUUUUACUGCGUUACAGUUCAUAUAAGGAAAUCAGUCAAUUGAAAUAAAUUCAUUAAGCACUAAUCUAUGAAUUUCACAUGACUGGGAAUACAGAUAUGCAUCUGUUGGUCACAGAUACCAUUAAAGAAAGGUAAGGCGUGGAUCAGAAAACCAGUCAGUAUCUGAUGUGACCAUUUGCAUCAUGCAGCGCGACACAUCUCCUUCACAUGGAGUUGAUCAGGCUGUUGAUUGUGGCCUGUGGAAUGUUGUCCCACUCCUCCUCCUUCAAUGGCUGUGCGAAGUUCCUGGAUAUUGGCAGGAACUGGAACACGCUGUCGUACACGUAGAUCCAGAGCCUGACAAACAUGCUCAAUGGGUGACAUGUCUGGUGAGUAUGCAGGCCAUGGAAGAACUGGGACAUUUUCAGCUUCCAUGAAAUGUGUAUAGAUCCUUGCGACAUGGGGUCGUGCAUUGUCAUGCUGAAACAUGGUGAUGGCGGCGGAUGAAUGGCACGACACUGGGCCUAAAGAUCUCGUCACGGUAUCUCUGUGCAUUCAAAUUGCAAUCAAUAAAAUGCAAUUGUAUUUGUUGUCCGUAGCUUAUGCCUGCCCAUACCAUAACCCCAACACCACCAUGGGGCACUCUGUUCACAACGUUGAUAUCAGGAAACCGCUCUCCCACACAACGCCAUACACGUUGUCUGCCAUCAUCCUGGUACACUUAAAACCGGGAUUCAUCCUUGAAGAGCACACUUCUCCAGCUUGCCAGUGGCCAUCGAAGGUGAGCAUUUGCCCACUGAAGUCGGUUAUGAUGCCGAACUGCAGUCAGGUCAAGACCCUGGUGAGGACGACGAGCAUGCAGAUGAGCUUCCCUGAGACGGUUUCUGACAGUUUGUUCAGAAAUUAUUCGGUUGUGCAAACCCACAGUUUUAUCAGCUUUCCAGGGUGGCUCGUCUCAGACCAUCCCGCAGGUGAAGAAGCCGGAUGUGGAGGUCCUGGGCUGGCGUGGUUACAUGUGGUCUGCGGUUGUGAGGCCGGUUGGUCGCACUGCCAAAUUCUCUAAAAUGACGUUGGAGGCAGCUUAUGGUAGAGAAAUUAACAUUCAAUUAUCAGGCAACAGCUCUGGUGGACAUUCCUGUAGUCAGCAUGCCAAUUGCACUCUCCCUCAAAACUUGAGACAUCUGUGGCAUUGUGUUGUGUGACAUAACUGCACAUUUUGGAGUGGCCUUUUAUUGUCCCCAGCACAAGGUGCACCUGUGUAAUGAUAAUUCUGUUUAAUCAGCUUCUUGAUAUGCCACACCUGUCAGGCGGAUGGAUUACCUUGGCAAAGGAUAAAUGCUCACUAACAGGGAUGUAAACAAAUUUGUGGCCAAUAUUUGAGAGAAAUAAGCUUUUGGUGCGUAUGGAACAUUUCUGGGAUCUAUUAUUUCAGCUCAUGAAACAUGGGACCAACAAUUUACAUUUUUGUUCAGUAUAGCUUGAAUAAAUCAUUGUGGACAAAUCGAUUGAGGCCAUUUGAUAAUUUUUCAGAUUGAACUUGGGCAAACCUUUGGCCUAGAAAAGAAGAAAUAAACAAAACAAAAAACAAUUAGUCAAACAACAUCUUGAUUGGCCCACAGUAAUAGUUUCUUAAAGCCAAUUUAUGCUUGAUCUGAAAAUGUGGUCGGAGGCUCCGUAUGGAGGGUGUGAUGCAAUUGUGGGGCCUCCGUAGGCACGCAGAGGCCAAAUUGAGCUCCGUACCGCAUUGCCAUGCUUCCCAAAUGCUGUAACAAUGCGGAGGGCUCCGUAUAAAGCCACAUUGACAUCAAUGGUUGACGGUAGAUGGGGGCGGGAGGGCCUGUAUAAACACAAACUCACUUCCUUAACAACUUCCUUCACAACAGCUCUGCUCAACAGCUCUGCACUGCUCCGCAAAGCGCAAUAAUUAUGAAUGCCCUGACUUCUAUAGAGGCCGUAUCACUGUAAAUGCUGCACGGCCAAUGCAGACGGCGGAUUGACCAUGCAGUGCCUUUAAGUCAGCUGAUCAUUAUGCAGUACAAGCCUAAAAUGUGUUAUAAUUACCUGUUCUGAGUAGAAUAUUUCAAUUAGUAGGCUAUUUACUGUAUAUAAUAUUGACGUCGUCCUGUGGUUUCCAUUUGGGAUAGAUUCUUAUAAGGAGAGUGCACUGUAACUGUGUGCAGAAGUACGUCAUACAGUAGGAUCUAUAAUACUGUAGGUUGUGGAAUGUUGUGUUAUCCUGUAAUAUACUGUAAAUCCACUUUUCUCUCUCUCUCUCUCUCUCUCUCUCUCUCUCUCUCUCUCUCUCUCUCUCUCUCUCUCUCUCUCUAUCCCCACCUCUCUCUCUAUCAUAGCUGCCGUGCUGCUAUGCAGAAUGCGGGCUUUGCCCCUCUUUAGCUCGGCUCCAAUUGGCCGCUCCUCCUAAAGAGUAUAGCGUUGCUUUGGCACUGCAAGCUUGGCACAGCAGGAGUGGGUGUUUCGGUUGAGUGGGUCUCAGACCGGCCCGUCUAGGUGUCUGUGUAUCUGUCCUCUGGGCUCUGUAGGAGAAUAGCAAUGAGUUCUCUAGUACCAGGAUGCAGGAAGAAUGAGAAUGAACAGGGGCAACAAUAGACACAUUGUACCAUGUUUUUCUGGGCUAUUGUCAACCAUCUUGCAUCACACAGCAGGUUCCUAUGCAAUCCAGUGUAAGCAUAUGAUGAUUUAUUUAAACUGCGUGGCUACGACAAUGAAUGGGGUAAAAGCCACGGCGGAUUCAAUCCAUCAAAACACAGACACAUUUAGCAUGUUUAUCUUGUUAUCGGCGAGAUCACACUUUAUUGCUUACAACAUGAUGGAGCUAUUCAGACAAGUAUAUGUCUAAAAGCCCUCCGCCUUUGUCUGAAAGCUAGUCUUCGGUGUGAUCAGGCACAGGCCUGGUUACCAUGGUGAUGGACUGGGGGAAUGAAAGAGUUGAUAGAUGACUCUCUGAAGAUUUGCGAUGGAGCCAAUCGGUUUGUUGAAUCCAAAUGGAGUGUGUCUGUAUGCUGGGAGUGUGCAGUUGAUACCUUAUGAGAAAAGACAUGAAUGUCUGUCUGCAGGGCCAAGAUUAAGAUGCAGGAGGUGAAAUUAAAUGUAUUGAUAUCUGUUAGUUGUCUAUUGACAAUAACAUCUCACUCUGGUGUUCACUUCAGGAGAUACUGAUGCUGACUACUAAAUACUUUUUUAUGUUUGGACAGCAAAUGUAGGUACAUUGUUUUUCCCAAUGAUCUACCAAUGCCAGAGGCUGGAAACAUUUGUUAUUUAUUUAGGCCCACUUAUCGGGUAUAAUUAUAUUUGGGAUAUUAACAAAUAUUAUUGUAAAAUAAAUGUUCAUAAUCUUUCCAUUCAGAUGUAAUUCAGUCUGUUAAACCCAAUAAAUAUAACUCACUCCAAUUUGUAUACAUACAGUAUUGAAUAUAAUUAUGGAAUAUAAUUUAUCUACAAAGACAUUAGUCUAUUUUAAAAACUCUAUUCUAUUUUAAAUAAUCUAUAGGAUUGUAAUUUAGACAUUUAGACUGCAAUUAAUAACAGAAUACAUUUUCUCAAGGGCACUUGGAGGUCAGUCUUGAUUGUGAAGCCUGUAUUGAAAUUUGUUUUGGAUGAUAUUAAAUCAAUACUUUGACUCCAAGUAGCAUUUUUCAUCCUAUCUUCUUUUUAAGUUGUGAGCCAAGAUUGUUUCAGCACUUUUAUUUCCAUGACUGAUCAAAACUCAUUUUCUCAUGCUCUCUCGUCUCUCUGCAGAAGACAUAUAGUGAGCAAUAUGUUUGGAAAAUUGCAAUAGAAUCGCAGUAUAGAAUCGCAAUACAUAUACAAUUGUGAGAGUCGCAAUACAUAUCGUAUCGGCAGCUAAGUAUUGUGAUAAUAUCAUAUUGUGAGGCCAUCCCCAGCCCUAAUAGAAAGGUAAAAAGCAAACAGCCUCCAAUUGACUUUUAUGCUACAAAAUAAAAAAUUAUUCAUGUCAGUUACUUGACCCUUAUUGACAUGAAGCAGUUUGAAACCAUGUCAUUUACGAACCCUCUCUUUCUUUGCAGAUCUCAAGCUGUGAAAAGCUGCCUAUUCCCGAAACUGAAAAUGCGUUGUCUGCUUCUGCUCUGGAUGCACACAGAGAUGGAAGCAGAGUAAGGCCAUCAUAACAUCUUUAGUAAUGAUGAAUUGAGUUUGCAUUAGUUGCUCUGCAUUAUUUAGAUGACUAUUUGUGUAAGUGGACAAUACUCAGAUCCCAUGGAGCCAUGUGUAGUGAAAGUAGAUCUUACAUGGUUAUGAUAAUAUUGAACCACCAUUUUGCGACUGGGUAUUUCGAUGGUUUUACAUAAUAUGCAAGUUAUGCAUAUAAUGUUAUGAUAUCAAAUAUCCUCUUCAGGUCAUUGCUAUAAAAUAUUGAGGCAUCUCUCAGUCGACUUACCUGCCAAAAUAAAGGUAAAUAAAUGAAUGAAUGAAAUACAUACUCACCACGGCCAUUGUGUAUUUAAUCUGGAUUAGGUGGAGGUGGUGUUCUGGCUGCUCUCCAUGCUGGCCAACCGGGACAGGGAGGAGAUGUCCCGCACUCUGCUGGCCAUGUCUAGCUCCCAAGACAGCUGCAUCGCCAUGCGCAAGUCCGGCUGCGUCCCCCUGCUGGUGCAGAUCCUGCACGACGGCUCAGGGGGUGCCGGAGAGUCGGCCGGGAGUGUAGCAUGCAGCCGGGAAGCCCAGUCCAGAGCCAGCGCUGCCCUGCACAACAUAGUGUACUCCCAGCCCGACGAGGGCCAGGCCCAGCGGGAGAUGAGGGUGCUGCACGUGCUGGAGCAGAUCCGCUCACACUGUGACAGCGGCUGGGACUGGAUAGAGAGCCACGUGCGGACGCCCUCCCCCGGAGGUACUACAAUCACAGGUUAGUAGAGGAGGAUUAUUUUAGGAGAUUCAUGCGAUCGCUAUAGCAGACAGUGGAUUAUAUAGUGAUGUGAGAGUAAUUCAAGAUGUACUUGUCCGUGUUCCAUGUUGUGUUCAGACAUCCCUGAGCCAGUGGAGCCCCAGAUCUGCCAGGCCAUGUGUGCUGUCAUGAAGCUCUCCUUCGAGGAGGAGUACCGAAGAGCCAUGAAUGAACUAGGUUAGUGAACAACACGUCAGUGGGAAAUAUACACAGACGAUAAAGCAUAACCAUAAAGAAAAAUAUUAUAUGUGAAUGAAUCAAUUGUUCAGUUUGUGAUGUGCAUGGCUGGUGUUUCUGUUUAGGGGGGUUGCAGGUAGUUGCAGAGGUGAUGCACUUGGACCAGGAGCUGUACGGCAUGCAGAACGAUCCCAUCAAUAUGGCGCUUCGACGCUACGCGGGAAUGGCACUGACAAACCUUACUUUCGGAGAUGUCGUAAACAAGGUAUCAAUCGAAAAGCAUCGAAUCACUGAGAGGGAUACAUAUUUAUCUGAUUUGUAAGGAUAUUUUUCAAUAAAGAUAAAUGACUUAUGUCUGACCUGUCUUUUAUACAGGCCACUCUCUGCACAAAGAAAAGCUGCCUGCAGGCCAUUGUCGCCCAACUUGCAUCUGAUAGUGAGGAACUACAUCAGGUACGAUGUUGUUACUACUAUACUAACUACUUCCAGAGUGUAUUAAUUCUGUCACCAUUUCAGGAUCACUAGACAUGACUAUUUUUAGUUUCAGUGGUUCAAAUACAUUUUUCCAGUACCACAUGGCUGAAGAGGUCAUGUCUAUUGCUCCCUCACAGGUAGUGUCGAGCAUUCUGAGAAAUCUGUCAUGGCGUGCAGACAUCAACAGCAAGAGGGUCCUUAGAGACGUAGGGAGUGUAACAGGAUUGAUAACCUGUGCUCUUCAAGCUACAAAGGUAAGAUCACACCUAGAUUAUGUGAUCGAUGCAAGUUGGCAAUUGUAACCAAAGCAAUUAUCGAAGGAAAUAAUUGCAAAAUAUAAUAAAUAAAAAUAUACAGUACCAGUCAGAAGUUUAGACACACCUACUCAUUCAAGGUUUUAUCUUUAUUUAGACUAUUGUCUACAUUGUAGAAUAAUAGUGAAGACAUCAAAACUAUGAAAUAACACAUAUGGAAUCACGUAGUAACCAAAAAAGUGUUAAACAAAUCAAAAUAUAUUUUAUAUUUGAGAUUCUUCGAAGUAGCCACCCUUUGCUUUGAUGACAGCUUUGCACACUCUUGGCAUUCUCUCAUACAGCUUCAUGAGGUAGUCACCUGGAAUGCAUUUAAAUUAACAGGUGUGCCUUGUUAAAAGUUAAUUUGUGACAUUUCUUUCCUUCGUAAUGUGUUUGAGCCAAUCAGUUGUGUUGUGACUCGGUAGGGGUGGUAUACAGAAGAUAGCCCUGUUUGAUAAAAGACCAAGUCCAUAUUAUGGCAAGAACAGCUCAAAUAAACAAAGAGAAACGACAGUCCAUCAUUACUUUAAGACAUGAAGGUCAGUCAAUACGGAACAUUUCAAGAACUUUGAAAGUUUCUUCAAGUGCAGUCGCAAAAACCAUCAAGCGCUAUGAUGAAACUGGCUCUCAUGAGGACCGCCACAGGAAAGGAAGACCCAGAGUUACCUCUGCUGCAGAGGACAAGUUCAUUAGAAUAACUGCACCUCAGAUUGCAGCCCAAAUAAAUGCUUCACAGAGUUCAAGUAACAGACACAUCUCAACAUCAACUGUUCAGAGGAAACUGCGUGAGUUAGGCCUUCAUGGUCGAAUUGCUGCAAAGCAACCACUACUAAAGGACACCAAUAAGAACAAAAGACUUGCUUGGGCCAAGAAACACAAGCAAUGGAGAUUAGACCGGUGGAAAUAUGUCCUUUGGUCUGAUGAGACCAAAUGUGAGAUUUUUGGUUCCAACUGCCGUGUCUUGGUGAGAGCAGAGUAGGUGAACGGAUGAUCUCCGCAUGUGUGGUUCCCACCAUGAAGCAUGGAGGAGGAGGUGUGAUGGUGUGGGGGUGCUUUGCUGGUGACACUGUCUGUGAUUUAAUUAGAAUUCAAGGCACACUUAACCAGCAUGGCUACCACAGCAUUCUGCAGCAAUACGCCAUCCCAUCUGGUUUGCGCUUAGUGGGACUAUCAUUUGUUUUUCAACAGGACAAUGACCCAAAACACACUUCCAGGCUGUGUAAGGGCUAUUUGACCAAGAAGGAGAUGAUGGAGUGCUGCAUCAGAUGACCUGGCCUCCACAAUCACCUGACCUCAACCCAAUUGAGAUGGUUUGGGAUGAGUUGGACCGCAGAGUGAAGGAAAAGCAGCCAACAAGUGCUCAGCAUAUGUGGGAACUCCUUCAAGACUGUUGGAAAUGCAUUCCAGGUGAAGCUGGUUGAGAGAAUGCCAAGAGUGUGCAAAGCUGUCAUCAAGGCAAAGGGUGGCUACUUUGAAGAAUCUCAAAUAUAAAAUAUAUUUGAUGUCUUCACUCUUAUUCUACAAUGUAGAAAAUAGUAAAAAUUAAGAAAAACUCUUGAAUGAGUAGGUGUGUCCAAACUUUUGACUGGUACUGUAUACAGUGGUGUGAAAAAGUGUUUACUCCCUUCCUGAUUUUGUUAUUUGUUUGCAUGUUUGUCACACUUAAAUGUUUCAGAUCAUCAAACAAAUUUAAAUAUUAGUCAAAGAUAACACAAGUAAACACAAAAUGCAGUUUUGAAAUGAAGGUUGUUAUUAUUAAGGGAAAACAAAAUCGAAACCUACAUGGCCCUGUGUGAAAAAGUGUUUGCCCCCCUGUUAUAACACAACUCAACUGUGGUUUAUCACACCUUAGUUCAAUUCCUCUAGCCACACCCAGGCCUGAUUACUGCCACACCUGUUCUCAAUCAAGGAAUCACUUAAAUAGGACCUGCCAGACAAAGUGAAGUAGACCAAAAUAUCCUCAAAAGCUAGACAUCAUGCCGAGAUCCAAAGAAAUUCAGGAACAAAUUGGAAAGAAAGUAGUUGAGAUCCAUCAGUCUGGAAAAGGUUAUAAAGCCAUUUCUAAAGCUUUGGGACUCCAGAGAACCACAGUGAGAGCCAUUAUCCACAAAUGGCGAAAACAUGGAACAGUGGUGAACCUUCCCAGGAGUGGCCGGCCGACCAAAAUUACCCCAAGAGCGCAGCGACGACUCAUCCAAGAGGUCACAAAAGACCCCACAACAACAUCCAAAGAGCUGCAGGCCUCACUUGCCUCAGUUAAGGUCAGUGUUCAUGACUCCACCAUAAGAAAGAGACUGGGCAAAAAUGGCCUGCAUGGCAGAGUUCCAAGACGAAAACCACUGCUGAGCAAAAAUAACAUUAAGGCUCGUCUCAUUUUUGCCAGAAAACAUCUUGAUGAUCCCCAAGACCUUUGGGGAAAUACUCUGUGGACUGACGAGACAAAAGUUGAACUUUUUGGAAGGUGUGUGUCCCAUUACAUCUGGCGUAAAAGUAACACCGCAUUUCAGAAAAAGAACAUCAUACCAACAGUAAAAUAUGGUGGUGGUAGUGUGAUGGUCUGGGCCUGUUUUGCUGUUUCAGGACCUGGAAGACUUGCUGUGAUAAAUGGAACCAUGAAUUCCGCUGUCUACCAAAAAAUCCUGAAGGAGAAUGUCCGGCCAUCUGUUUGUGACCUCAAGCUGAAGCGAACUUGGGUUCUGCAGCAGGACAAUGAUCCAAAACACACCAGCAAGUCCACUUCUGAAUGGCUGAAGAAAAACAAAAUGAAGACUUUGGAGUGGCCUAGUCAAAGUCCUGACCUGAAUCCUAUUGAGAUGCUGUGGCAUAAUGUCACGAUCGUCGUAGGGAAUAGACCAAGGCGCAGCGUGAUGAACGAACAUGUUUAACUUUAUUAUCUUUAGUGAUAAUAGAACAGCAAUAAACAAAACAACAAACGACUCGUAACGUCCUAGGUAUCAUAGACCAACACGGAACAAGAACCCACAACCACAAAGGGAAAACAGACAGCUGACACUCGUUGCCUCUGAUUGGGAGUCACUCUAGCCAACAUAGAAAUAAACACAACUAGAACUACCAACAUAGAAAUCUAACACAUAGAAUGAACACACCCUGGCUCAACAUAUAGAGUCCCAGAGCCAGGGUGUGACAGUACCCCCCCCCUAAAGGCGCGGACUGCGACCGCGCCUCAACUAGAGCAAAACAGGGGAGGGCUGGGUGGGCAUACCUCCUCGGCGGCGGUUCUGGCUCCGGCCUUGCCCACCACCCUCCAAUAAACCCCCCAUAGCGCCCCAGGUCCGGUCUGGCCCCGCUGGCUGGAGCUGAACUGGACGUAGCAGGAGCGGUUAGCUUCAGCUCCGUUGUGGAGCAGUUGACCGGUACCUGAUUAGGCACCGGUGACCCAGGCACGGGUUGUGCCGGACUGACGACGCGCACCCCUGGCUUGGUGCGUGGAGCAGCAACGGGCCGGACCGGGCUGACGAUGCGCACCCCUGGCUUGGUGCGUGGAGCCGGAACGGGCCUCACCGGACUGACGACUCGCACCCCUGGCUUGGUGCGUGGAGCAGCAACGGGCCAGACCGGGCUGACGAUGCGCACCCCUGGCUUGGUGCGUGGAGCCGGAACGGGCUUUACCGGGCUGACGACUCGCACCCCUGGCUUGGUGCGUGGAGCAGCCACGGGCUUUACCAGGCUGACGACUCGCACCCCUGGCUUGGUGCGAGUAGCAGGAACGGGCUGGACCAGGCUGACGACUCGCACCCCUGGCUUGGUGCGAGUAGCAGGAACGUUCUGGACCAGGCUGACGACUCGCACCCCUGGCUUGGUGCGAGUGGCAGGAACAGGCCGGGCCGGGCUGGCGACGCGCACCGUAGGCUUGGUGCGAGUGGCAGGAACAGGCCGGGCCGGGCUGGCGACGCACACCGUAGGCUUGGUGCGAGUGGCAGGAACAGGCCGGGCCGGGCUGGCGACGCGCACCGUAGAUUUGGUGCGAGUGGCAGGAACAGGCCGGGCCGGGCUGGCGAUGCGCACCGUAGCCCUGGUGCGAGGGGCAGGAACAGGCCGGGCCGGGCUGGCGACGCGCACCGUAGAUUUGGUGCGAGUGGCAGGAACAGGCCGGGCCGGGCUGGCGACGCGCACCGUAGGCUUGGUGCGAGUAGCAGGAACAGGCCGGACCGGGCUGGUGACGCACACCGUAGGCUUGGUGCGUGGAGCAGGGACAGGCCGGACUGGGCUGGCGACGCACACCGUAGGCUUGGUGCGAGGAGCAGGGACAGGCCGGACCGGACUGGCGACGCACACCGUAGGCUUGGUGCGAGGAGCAGGGACAGGCCGGACCGGACUGGCGACGCACACCGUAGGCUUGGUGCGUGGAGCAGGGACAGGCCGAACCGGGCUGUGGAGACGGAUAGGAGACCUGGAGUGAAGAGCGGCCACAACCCGUCCUGGCUGAAUGCCUACCCUCACACACUCUGUGUGAGGCAUCCGCACAGGACGUACAGGGCUGUGUACCCGUACUGGCAUAACAGCACGUGACACUGGAGCAGGAUAUCCGGGACCGCGGAGAGGCAUUGGAGACCACGAGCGUUGAGCCGGCACACUCCGUCCUGGCUGCAUACCCACCUUCGCACGACACGUGCGGGGUGCUCGCACAGGACGUACAGGACUAUGCCGGACCACUCGUGGCACAGUACGCCGCUCCGCAUACCGCGGAACCUGCCCCGUCCCAUGCUGCCAUGCCUGAGUACGGGAAGUUGGUUCCGCUCUCCAUCCAGGCUCCGCCAACCUGCCUUCUGGCCCCCCAAACCCGGUGGCCUCCUCUCCAAAUCGCCCUGUGGCAGCCUCCUGCUGCCCAGCCGCCCAUGCCGUGUGCCCCCCCCUAAAAAAUUUUUGUGGUUGCCUCUCGUCCGUCCGACGAUGACACUGCUGACGCCGCUGCUCCUCUCUCGCCAGGGCCUUAAUCCUAGCCCAUGGUCCUUUUCCCCCGAGCAUGUCCUCCCAGGACCAUACUUUGCCCACCUGGGCCAUCGCCAACAUCUCCAUCUCCUUUCCCGGCGCUUCCUCCCAUGUCCAGUCUGCCUGCUCCUGGACACGCUGCUUGGUCCUUGUAUGGUGGGUUCUUCUGUCACGAUCGUCGUAGGGAAUAGACCAAGGCGCAGCGUGAUGAACGAACAUGUUUAACUUUAUUAUCUUUAGUGAUAAUAGAACAGCAAUAAACAAAACAACAAACGACUCGUAACGUCCUAGGUAUCAUAGACCAACACGGAACAAGAACCCACAAACACAAAGGGAAAACAGACAGUUUAAAUAUGGCUCCCAAUCAGAGACAACCAACGACAGCUGACACUCGUUGCCUCUGAUUGGGAGUCACUCUAGCCAACAUAGAAAUAAACACAACUAGAACUACCAACAUAGAAAUCUAACACAUAGAAUGAACACACCCUGGCUCAACAUAUAGAGUCCCAGAGCCAGGGUGUGACACAUAACCUUAAAAAGGCAGUUCAUGCUCGAAAACCCUCCAAUGUGGCUGAAUUACAACAAUUCUGCAAAGAUGAGUGGGCCAAAAUUCCUCCACAGCGCUGUAAAAGACUCAUUGCAAGUUAUCGCGAACACUUUGUUGUUUCUGCUAAGGGUGGCCCAACCAGUUAUUAGGUUGUAGGGGGCAAUCACUUUUUCACACAGGGCCAUGUGGGUUUGGAUUUUGUUUUCCCUUAAUAAUAACAACCUUCAUUUCAAAACUGCAUUUUGUGUUUACUUGUGUUAUCUUUGACUAAUAUUUAAAUUUGUUUGAUGAUCUGAAACAUUUAAGUGUGACAAACAUAGAAACAAAUAAGAAAUCAGGAAGGGGGCAAACACUUUUUCACACCACUGUGUAUAUAUAUCUCUAACGCAAUGUUAAUGCAAAAUCCCAUUUUAGGAAUCCACCUUGAAGAGCCUCCUCAGCGCUCUGUGGAACCUGUCAGCACACAGUCCUGAGAACAAGUUAGCCAUUUGCUCAGUAGAUGGGGCUCUGGGCUUCUUGGUCAGCACCCUCACCUACAGAUGUCAGACCAACUCACUGGCAAUCAUUGAGAGUGGAGGUGGCAUCCUGCGUAAUGUGUCCAGUCUUGUGGCCACACGGGACGAUUACAGGUAUUUCCUUGAAUGGAAUUCUAUAUCAAUGCAACUGUUCAAUGAUUAUUGCCAUCAAUUUCCACACAUUUCAUUCUAACAUGCUUGUAUACUUAGUAUGUUCCCCUUCUUUCAACACAGGCAAAUCCUCAGAGACCACAACUGCCUCCAAACGUUGCUACAGCACCUGCGCUCUCACAGCCUUACCAUUGUGAGCAAUGCUUGUGGGACCCUCUGGAAUCUCUCUGCCCGCAGUCCCAAGGACCAGGAACUACUGUGGGACCUCGGGGCAGUCAGCAUGCUGCGCAACCUCAUCCACUCCAAGCACAAAAUGAUAGCCAUGGGAAGUGCCGCAGCUCUACGGAACCUGCUCACGAACCGGCCCCUCAAGUAUAAGGAUGCCGCGGUCAUAUCCCCUGGUUCCUGCAUGCCCUCGCUCUACAUGAGGAAGCAGAAAGCACUAGAGGCUGAGCUAGAUGCAAAGCAUCUGGCGGAGACCUUUGAUUCCAUUGAAAAACAAAGCAGCGCCAAGCAUCCAAGCAUCAACAAGCCACUGCGGCACAUCGAGAGCCUGGCAAAGGAUUACGCAUCUGACUCGGGCUGCUUUGACGACGAUGAGGCCCCUAAUGUCUCAAGUAGUCUGGACACAGGCAGUUUCUCCAUGCUCUCCAUGUUCUUGAGCAAUUCCAACUUUCUUCAAAACCAGCCUCGCAAGAAGGACAGUGAACCGGAGAGAGAUGUGGAGCGACCACAGACAGAGGAUAAGAAGCCAGCGCCUCCAGAACAUGAGGUGUCUGUUGCAGCAGAAAAACUAGCAAAAAAGAUCACCAACACUGUGGCCAAGAUUGAUAAGCUUGUGGAGGACAUUACCAUGCAUACAUCUUCGGAGGACAGCUUUAGCCUUAGCUCAGAGGACCAUUUUGCAGACCUGCCCUAUGGAUCAAAUGAACUCCAUGAGGCCCGGGCCAAGUCAUGCUCCCCCUGUCGCCUCUCUGAUACCAGCAGCUUUGCACACAGAGAACGUCUGAACAGAGCCCAUGCUCUCUUACGUCUCAAAACCACCCAUGCAAGUUUGUCCACUGACAGUCUGAACAGUGGCAGCACCAGUGAUGGCUAUUGUGGUAGCAAGGACCAGAUUAGGCCCUCAGCGAGACGUCCUAACAAGCUUGAUCUUAAGGUGGCUUAUCAAGAAUACCUUAACGUCGGAACUCAUGUCCUCAAUGAGACAAGUCAGAUCGAUGUACCAGAGAGAGAUUCUGUGGACAACAAAGAAGUGAAUUUGCCUGAACUUAAUAGCACAGAAACAGAGAAGAGUCAAGAGCUGCCCCCGCAAACACCAGCUAGUGCAUCAACUAAACUCUCUUCUGAUGUCAGCAUGACUUCCAUAAAGCUGUCCCCUUCCUACCAACAUGUCCCUCUAAUUCAAAGUGUCGCUAAGUUUGGUGUUGCAAAGACUGCCAUCAAUGUGCAGGCAGCUCAAGCAAUGAGGAGACAAGCCUGGGUCCCAACUGUGAUGACUGGAGGGAGUUUAACCAAGUUUUCUCCAAUGAGCUCUGCUAGAAGUCCAACCAUUGGACCAAUGGAGACACUGCAGAAGUAUUCAGUGGAGAACACACCAAUCUGUUUCUCCCGUUGCAGUUCCCUGUCCUCCCUCUCCUCUGGUGAUGAAGCUCUUGACGGGCAGAGUCAAAGUGAAAAUGAGUUGGAGAGUGACUCAUCACUUGAGAUCAUUGAAGUGGAAGAUGGGGAUCUGGUAAAGAGGGAAGAGGAGAAUGAGACCCUGGAGGAUCUUAGUGAUAGCCAACUGCUAGUCACUGAUUCAAAAACCUGUCAGAGCAUUGGGUCUGAUCCUAUUGAAAUUCCCUGCCCCACCAAACGUGAAAAGGUGUUCCUGAGGGGUGUAUCACCAGGCAUACCUGAGGACAGAUCACCUUCAAGUUCGUCAGAGAACUACAUCCAUGAGACCCCACUUGUGAUGAGUCGUUGCAGCUCUGUCAGCUCACUGGGUAGCUUUGAAUCUCACUCAAUUGCCAGCUCCAUACUAAGUGAUCCAUGCAGCGAAAUGAUCAGUGGGACCAUAAGUCCAAGUGAUCUUCCUGACAGUCCAGGGCAAACCAUGCCCCCCAGUCGAAGCAAAACCCCAUGCUUUGCUGAAUCAAAUGGUCCAGAAACCCAAAAUGCCGGGACAGCAGGGCAGUGGGAAAGCAGCUUGCGCAAGUUCAUGGACAUUGCAGACUUUAAGGAAAGGUUCAACCUGCCUCCAGAUUUAGACACAAUGAUCUACUUUACAGUGGAAAAGCCGACAGAGAACUUUUCAUGCGCCUCUAGCUUGAGUGCUCUACCUCUUCAUGAGCACUUCAUUCAGAAGGAUGUUGAAUUGAAAUUGACCCCCUUACUCCAGCAAAAGGACAACAAUCCAACAUUCCCACUGGCUCAUGGAAAGAGAGAUGACAAUGAGCAUCCUUCCUUUAUGGACCAAGGGGAAAGAUAUAGUGAGGGUAAUUCAGAUGAUGAUAUAGAAAUUCUCAAAGAAUGCAUCAAUUCAGCAAUGCCCUCCAAGUUCAGGAAAGUAAGGCCCUCCCUGAUCUCCACCUUACCCACCCAUGUUCUAAACUCCCAAACCAGAAAACCUAUACCUGUUUAUAUGAUGGUUCCUAACAAUGCCAAUCAAAUGUGCUCAGGGAGAAGGAUUGUAAUGCAACAAAAGGACUUAUAUCUUGAUGAUUCCUCAUACACUGAUUCUGCUGAGGGCACUCCUGUCAACUUUUCCAGCACGACAUCGUUAAGUGACGAAACACUUCAGUACCCAGUGAGGGACAAGGGGGCAAAAGAUUGGAGGGUAACAAAUAUGAACAAACAGGAAUUGUUGGAUCAAGAGGCAAAGAGAAUUGAAGACCUUCGGGUUUUCUCACACUUCCACAAGCCCACUAAAAUGACUAGUCAGCCUGACAUACCAGUCAAUCAAAUGAACAGGUCAAUCAAACAUGUCAUUCCCACUCAAAGAGUACUGAUGCAGAGCAAAGAGGUGGCUGAUAGAGUGGCCAACCAGAGACACCGUGACCAACCACCCAAUCAACAAAGACAAAAGCAGGGACAGGUCCUGACAAGGAAACUGGAUCUACCUAUCAUAAAGCCGAACACGGAGGGGAACCAAAAACAGAGAGCACUUCAGGGGAAUAAGUCUUUUCGGUCCAUCCGCCAUCCUACAGAGGAAGCCAUUUACUGCUUAUACAAUGAACAGACAGACAAAGAGGAGGGAGUGAUAAAAAGGGCAGGGAGAAAUCAGAUGAGAGAGUCCAGCAGGAACACUCUCUCCCGAAGUAUGACUAAUAUUGGUUGGAUUGACAAUUCCCAGACAAGACCCAAAGGUUUUAAUAGGAUCAAGCACAAACUAAUAAUGGACGAAACACCCCAAUGUUACUCUCUUAGUGGAUCUCUUAGCUCUUUGAUUGAUGCAGAAUUUGAGGAACACCAAUCAAAAGCCCAGCAAAUAUGGGUGAAAAACAAACACAACAAGAUAUCUAACCAGGUCGAACAAAAAAGACCAAUGCACAUCCACAAUCAGUAUGAGGAACAAAGCUCACCAAGCUCAGUCAGUAUGGAUUCAGAGGAUGAUCUUCUGCAAAAAUGCAUAACAUCUGCAAUGCCCAAGCAGAGGAAGAAGCUUUCUGCAAGAAAGAAAGCAGAGAAGAAGCAGAAACAAAGAAAUGAAAUGCAGAAAGUGUCCAGUGGAUGGAACAAUGAACAAGACUUUGACAGUGAGGACAUGGCUUCUGAUAAAGACUCAGACCUCAACAGUGUUGAAUGGAGAGCAAUACAAGAAGGAGCUAAUUCUGUUGUCACACGGUUACAAGCAUCAAAAUCUCAAGAACCGUCCUCUGAAGAGACUGAAUCUGUCCUCUCUUUUAUGUCUGGAUCCAGUUUUACUCCUAAAGAAAAGAAGAUAUUUAAGGACAAAAAAGCUAACAAACCUCUGGACUUUAACCAACGGAAGCCAGUUCCAAAUCUGCCAGUGGUCUUCAGAGGUAGAACAGUGACAUACACCCCUAAGAAAGAGACAAAUCUCUCACAAAUACCGCCUCCUAAUAAAAUGUUACCCAAGACAGAUGCUCCAAAGAAUCCAAACCUUGCUCAACAGAGGUCAAGGAGUCUCCACCGUUUGGGACAACCCCAUGACUCCACACAGUGGUGUUUGCCGAAAAGAAGCUCAACCCCACCUCCGAGGAUACCAAAGAGCUCAUCGUCUGGAUCAUCUCAAAGCUCUACUCCAUCGAAACAGUCACCGAAGAAAAUAACCUUCCCCUCACAAACGAGUCAAUCUGUUUCCAAAAAAGUUACCACACCAGCAAGUAGUCCACCUGAAAGGAAGGGACGUUCCACUGUUCCUUCAAAUCCGAGCCCAAAAUCUCCAGCACACAAAACACAGAAGUCACCCGUCCGAAUACCCUUCAUGCAGAAUACAGCAAGACAGUCCAGAACUCUAUCACCAUUGGUAACCAACCAACCCACAAGUAUCAACAGGCAAAACAGUCAGGUGGCAGGAAAAAUAAUACCUCCAGCCAAUCGUUUUGACUUAGUUCGCAUGACAUCUGUCCAUUCAAGCAGCAGCGAGUCUGACCGCAAUGGGUUCCUGAGGCAAUUGACCUUCAUCAAGGAAUCAAAGACUAUGAUGAGACGUGUCGGUUCAUCCCCACGCUCUGUUCCUACCUCGCAGCAUGCAUCGCCAAGAAAAGCAAUCCCAGGUGCUCCUGCAGUAUUCCUCUGCUCAUCUCGAUGCCAAGAGCUAAAGCCAGUUGCUCAGGGACCAAGGAGGAUGCAAGGAAGGGGGCCAGGGCAAAGGCAAGAGCCAAGGCAGGGGCUUCAAAUGCAGACUGUGACUCUGUCCAGAGCCUGCUCUAGUGACCGAGACCUCUCAACCAGGCGUCCAGCCAGGAGAACCAGCUCAGAGAGUCCCUGCAGGGUGCCUCAGAGGAACGUCUCUGCAACCAAGCAGCAGGAAAGAGACACCAUCAAGCGCCAUUCCUCAUCGCCCAGCAUAAACAUACUGAGCAGAGUAACGAGCCGCUCCUCCCUCCGCUCCUCGUCCUCCGACUCAAGUGGGCGAGCCAAGAGUGAGGACGAUACAAAGAAGAAGCAGCAGAGAACUGGAUCACGCCUAAAUGACGGAGUCACCUGGAGGAGGAUUCGGGAAGAGGAUGUGCCUCAAAUCUUGAAGAGCACUCUGCCAUCUACUGCAUUGCCUCUGUUGCCUGUUCCUGAAGGGCCAAAACCAAAACCACCAGCACUGCCAGGGAAACUGCCGACCAUAUUACUUAAGUCAAGAAAGACGAGCGACGCCACAGUCCAAACUGAGGAUUUCUCGUCCAACAAGACCAACUCAAGCACCUCUCCAACUGUUGAGACAGCUCCAGUCAUCUCAGAGGAGGCAGCAAGACUAGCCCUCCUUAGAAAGAUCAGCAUUGGCUCCGGCCAAGAUGGAGGCUCUGAUGGAUCCCUAAAGAACUACAGCACAGCCUCUGCUGGAAACUCACACUCUGUGGAAACUCACACAGGCGGCGUCGGCCAUUUCCGUCAGAGCUCCCCCAGCAAGGCGGUUAGGGUCACCCCAUUCAACUACAUACCUAGCCCCAUGGCUUGCUGCCUGCAAGACGCACAGAGCCAAGAAACAACAAUCAAUGAGAAGUCAUGUGAAAAAUCUGAAGCGUAG